GCAGGUUAAUAAGGCGCGUUCAUGCCUGGUCCCAGCCUUUUUUGAGCUGGCCCAGUGCGACUGUCUCUUAUCGCCCCUGCUCAUUAUCAGCAUUAUUCUGAGCAGGAGCUGUGACCCUGCAUUAGUACAGCUCAGACCUGUCUGCUAUGCAACUGCCACUAUGAGACACCCAGGAGCAGGUAAGGAGCUUUGCAAUGUUUGUCACUGUGAGAUCUAACUAACUACUGGGAUCAAUAUAACUUAACUCUGUCUAUACGAGAAGGUUAGAACUAAAGAGAUCACACAUUGACUUCUUCAUGGGGAAACUCAAUCUUAGAUUAAAUUAAUAAAAUUGAAAUAAAAGCUAAGGACGGCUGAUUUGGGACGUUAACUGUGUGUGAUAUAAAAUGAACCUAACUUGCCUUUAUAUCACAUUGUGGCUUGUAAUAUUUUCUAUAUGACGCCGUUACAACUAUUGUUUGUUCCCCUUCCUAACCACUUCUUUUCGGCGUGACAUUUUUUUUCUUAUUCAUAGCGCCAAAGAGUUUUGUGCGAAUUCACGAAGCCAAAAAUACCAACUCUUCUGCCAAAUUCAUACUUCUAAAAAUAAAAUCUUAAAAUGCUCGAGUUAAAUCCAAAGCACAACAUAGCGCAGCAAGGAAAGACGUGAGAGAGUUAAAUUUUACAGUUAAUCUCCCAUAAUCCCUCAUGCAUUGAAUUUUAGUUCCAGGCUUUGUCUGGCUGGUAGCAGACACAGGCUAAGAGCCAAGAUUGCUUGAUACUACCCUAUCAAAGCAGCGUAGGCUAGCUGUGCAUUAAAGGGAAUGUAAUUCUCAAACAUCUGCAGGGCAACGUUUAGCUAUAACUGCGUUUAUGUGUGCGUAUAAUAAGGUGACUACUUGAAACGUAAUGGAGCCCCCAGUCGUAGAUGACUGCCACGUUUGGGAGGCUGCACGAUUAGGAUGCUGUAUAUGUGUAAUUGUCUUGGAAAAGAAAGUUACGUAAUCAUCCAUGAGGGAUUAAGAAUGCUGGCAGAACAGUGCCUAGUAGCCAAUGGAAUCUAAACUUGCCUCACAUUGGUCGAACAGAGUGUUCUAAUUUGGAACACUGAUGUUCAUUUGCGGACCAUUUAAACCUUUCUUGCCCUUAGUUAGGCUGGCAAAUCUUAAUGGAUUUUCGGAGUACAACGUUUGGCCACCACUGUGUGUAGUGUCUCUUUAAUAAUAAAGUCCAAAAAUAAGAAGAGACAUCAGCACAGGACAAGCUGAUAGCUAAUACAGGCUGGAGACCUAUGGAACAUAUUGAAAAUAAACCAAGGAUUACCAUGUGACACGUCUAAAUUUUGCUUUGUGUGUUGGGCAGAUCUUGAAAGACCCAAUUAGGUCUCAGAUUCUGAAGAACCAUUUCCACAUGCUGCCAAACAGCACUUCCAAGCGUUGCAUAAAGGACUCGUAAAAAUGGUGACCAGAGACCAUAAGGGGUGUGAAUUUAUGGACACUGUCAGGCAUUGUCAAAAUAAUCUGAUUGCAAGACUAAAACUAUACUCUGCAAUAGAGUAAAACUACAUUCAGCAAAAUUUGACCGUUUAAUUUGUUCCGCUCUGUUCUAACAUAGGGCUAGGGUAGCUGUGCAUUUUUGUCUUGCUGAAUCUUAGAGUAUGUUGCAUUCCAGUGUGUACAUUGAUAGUCAGACAAAGUCCAACUAAUUAUGGGUUUGAUGUAAUUAGAGUAAAAUAAUCACUACUAUUAAAAAAAAUGUUCUGUUACAAGUUUACUUUACUGAAUAUCCCAUCUUUUCCAUACAGGGUUCGCAGUUGUCGUUCUUCUUGUAAGUGUCUUCACGUUAAAAGCUCAAGGUUCCGACUCUAGGCAGCUUGACGGAGAAACAGUCUUAGCACCCCUUGAAUCAGUUAAAUGUCCAGUGCCUUGUGUGUGCAGUUACGAUUACAAUGAUGAUUACAAUGUAUUCUGUAGUUCAAGGAAUCUCUCCAGAGUUCCAGAGAUGCUACCUGCUCACGUUCGAUUGCUAUGGCUAGAUGGGAACAAUCUCACAACACUGCAGGCUGGAGCCUUUAGAAACCUUUCUCUGCUUGACUUUCUUAACUUGCAGAGCAACCACUUGACCAACUUGGAGCAGCAUGCUCUACAUGGUCUGAAGUCAUUAGCCCAUCUCAACUUGGAAAGGAACACGUUAAAAUUUCUGGCUCCUAAUACCUUCCUCCAUACUCAGAGCUUAGUCACUCUGAGUCUCAACAAUAAUUAUUUCACCAAAAUUGAAGAUGGUCUGUUUUCUGGUCUGUCAAACCUUUGGUACCUGAAUUUAGGUUGGAACUCGUUAGCUGUUCUACCUGGUACAGUAUUCCAUGACCUGCCUAAUCUCAGAGAGCUUGUUUUGGCUGGGAACCGUUUGAUGUAUCUUCAUCCUUCACUCUUCAUGAGUUUAGUGGAAUUGAAGGAGCUAGAUUUGAGCUGGAACUCAAUCAGAGGAGUAAAGGCUGUGUUUUCAAAUCUGCACAAGAUUCAGAAACUCUAUCUCAACCACAACCAGAUUUCAACUAUUGUUCCUACAGCUUUCUUUGGUAUGAAGUCCCUUCGCUGGCUGAAUUUAUCUCAUAACCGCCUGACAAGUCUUAUGGAGGACACAUUUGUUGGCCUGUCAAGCCUUCAUGUCCUACGUCUGUACAAUAACUCUCUAACAAGUCUAAAGCCUCGGAUUUUCAAGGAUCUUCAGUUUCUAGAAGAAUUGACCAUUGGACACAACAAGAUUAAAAUCCUUUUAGAACGGACAUUUGAAGGGCUAGGUCAAUUGGAAUCUCUCUCUUUGAAUCACAAUUUCAUUCAUGAGAUCCGUCUGGGGGCAUUUUCUGGGCUUCUAAAUGUAGCGGUAAUGAACCUCUCUGGUAACUGUAUAAAAAUACUUCCAGACCAAUCUUUUAAAGGGCUUGGGAAGCUUCACAUUUUGCACAUGGAAAACAGCUGCAUCACCAAAAUAAAACCACAGAUGUUGUCUGGACUUACCAGUGUCCGAAGACUUUUCCUACAACGAAAUGAUAUAUCAGCUAUUGAUGACCAGAGCUUCUUAGAACUGCAGAACCUUCUAGAGCUGGAUCUCAGAUUCAAUAAAUUGACUCAACUAUCAGCCCGAUCUCUUACUGGCCUAAAUAGCCUUUCUUAUCUCCUUCUAUCCUCCAACCAACUUCACGCAAUAUCUCCAGAGGCUUUCAGGCCUUCCCAGCAGCUACAAUGGCUUGAUCUGUCGGACAACCAACUCAAAACCCUUGCAGAUGACCUCUUCCUACCGUUACCUCAUCUGAGGUAUCUCAAUCUCCAGAAAAACCUUUUAAAAAGUAUCUCUGUUAACUUCCUCCUCCAUAACUCGCCAGUGCAGCAGCUUUGGCUAAGUAACAACCCGUGGGACUGCAGCUGUUCUCUUAAAGAACUCAGAGACUUUUCCAUAAGGAACGCCACCAUUGUUCCACGAGUCGUACAAUCCAUAUCAGAGGGUGAUGACAGCAGUAACCUGAUUUAUACCUACAACAACAUCACCUGUGCCAGCCCACCAGAGGCACUGGGCCAAGACUUGAGAGAUCUGACUGAAGAACACUUUGCUGCCUGCCAAUUGAUCUAACCAGACACGCAAGAAAAGUAAACACAACCCUAAAAUAACAUUUAUCAAGAAAAUAACAAAUAAUUGCAAUUGGUUUAGUUAAUACUACAUAUAGACUUUAUGCAACAAUUUUCUAAAGAUGAACUAGUAGCUUUCAUUUUAUUAAGUAGUUAUAGUACUUGGCACCAUAACCUCUGCAGCCAACUAUAGCUGCAAUAGUGUCAGCAUGCCCCUGGCAGCAUUGCCUAGUUCUGUAUCACACAGUUUUCAAGUACGUUGACAUGAAGUGGGUGUCCCCAGUGCACAUUAGUUAGGCCUCUUACGCAUUUUAUUGCUAAUGCGGAAAUUGCACUUCUGUAAUUAGUAAUAUCAAUUUUGUCCAAAUCUGCAUGGGGGCAUUCAUUGGUUGAGCAUGUCAGCUGACUGCUCAGCCAAUGACUGACAUCCAGCUAUAGACAUAUUUCAUAUUGCUAAUGCAUUAGUGAUUUUCAACCCAGCAUGUAUACAGUCCAGGAGUUAAACAUAUUGCAGUUUCAAUGGAGAUCAUGACAAAAUGAACUGCUGGUAUAUUCUGAGCAUUAGGUUAGGAACUAUACAUUGUUUUUUUUUAUCUGUUAAACUAUAGUAACGAAAAAUAUAAAAUAUAUAUUUAAGAUAUUGGAAGAGAAUUUGUUGUAUCAAUAUUGUAUUUGUUUCAUAUUGAUUGCUCAUUUUAUUAUAAUUUUAAAUUUUCAAUAAAAAGCUAUUUGAAAAGAUAUAGGGACAGAAGCAUUUCUCCAGUGCUCC